AUAGCAAAUAAAAAUAUUGGGUGUCAAUGGCGGACACGCCGCCUUUCUCAUUUCUCCCGCUAAAACAACCGUAGAGUCCUCCAGUUCUAGAUACAAACAAAUCGUAGAAGAGAACAGUGACGGUGAGGAUCAAAAUGGGGUUGGCUUGGCUAGCUUCCAGAGCUCUUCGAUCAUCUUCAUCUAGGGUUUUAUCGUACAGAACCAUCUUCUCUACACCUGACCUCUGCAAACCAGUAGCUCUUGGAGCUAGGUUUCAUUUCCCCAACUCAGACCCAAAGUCCUGUUCGGUUCACAUUGCACGGUUUUAUUACCAUGAUCAGCUCUCUAUCUCCGUUAAUUGGCGUAAGCAGAGGUCUGUUGCUUCUAGCCUAGUGGCAUUACUUCCAGCACUAUUUCUUGGAUUAAGCUUGACUCCUGUAUUGGCUGAAGAUGCAUCGACAGAAUUAACUGAAACUGAUUCAAGUGGGAGUGAUUUUACUGGUUUACGCAAAAUUGAUGAUGGGUCGGUAGUAUCGAACAUACAUACAUCCAAGUGGAGGGUGUUCACUGACAAUGGAAGGGAUUUAUUUUUGCAGGGCAAAUUGGAGGAUGCAGAGCGGUUGUUUGUGGGUGCACUGCAAGAAGCUAAAGAGGGUUUUGGGGAAAGGGAUCCUCAUGUUGCCUCUGCAUGCAACAACCUGGCUGAAUUGUAUAGAGUUAAGAAGGCAUUUGAUAAAGCAGAACCAUUGUACUUGGAAGCAAUUAAUAUUCUUGAGGAAUCAUAUGGACAUGAAGACGUAAGGGUUGGGGCUGCCCUUCAUAAUCUAGGUCAAUUUUAUCUUCUCCAAAAGAAAUUGGAUGCAGCUCAUGCUUGCUAUAAGCGUGCCCUAAAGAUAAAGAGGCAAGUUUUGGGAGAGGAUCAUGCUGACUAUGCAGAGACUAUGUAUCAUCUAGGAAAGGUGCUAUACCUUCAAGGAAAUGUGAAGGAUGCUGAAGCCCUCAUCACGGAAUCUAUUCAGAUAUUUGAGGAUGGCGGGCAAGGAGAAUCUUUCUUAUUCCUGAGGAGACUGCGGUAUCUUGUUCAGAUUUAUAUCAACUGCAAUAAACUCACUGAUGCUGUGAACAUACAGAGAAAGAUCUUGCAUAUAAUGGAAGUAUCAAAGGGGAGGGACUCUUUGGAGACUGUCAUUGCAGCUGAAAGUCUUGCACUGACUCUUCAGUCAGUAGGGAGUUUGAUGGAAGCAAAAGAACUUUUAGAAAGAUGUCUCAAUUCCCGGAAAAGGUUACUUCCUGAAGACCAUAUUCAGAUAGCUGCCAACUUACUUCACAUGGCUAGGGUAGAGCUUCUCCUAUACAGCCAAACAAGUAAGGAUAUUGCAGUUAUUGAGAAGGCAAAAGAUCUUCUAGGCAAUUCAAUAAGGGUAGCACGACAAGCUUUGGAUAAGUUGGUAAAACAAGGAGCAAACCGCAAGUCUAAUGAUACAUACUCUGAGCAUACAGCUUUGCUUAUACUGUUGCAAGCGUUAAAUGUUUUGACCCAAGUGGAAGUUAGUAAGGCCGAGUUAAACAAGGAGAAGAGCAUGGUGCUGGCUGAGAAAGCUCUUCUUGAUUGUAUUUCGGCCUUUAAACAGUAUGGAAGUCAGAAGGCAGUGGAUGAUUUAAAGGGGGAGUAUCUGUCAUGUUUGAAGCAUCUUUCUGGUAUACUACUACUAAGAAGCAGCAAUAGUAAUAACCCAACAAGGCCUACUUUGCAAGAGCUGGAAAAUGAAAUCAAGAGAGUUGAAGCCCCUUAAUUAAUAACAUGAAUUACUACUUAAGUUCAUUACUUGGUUCAUAACAUUUCAUUAUAAUAAACCUUUGAUUUGUAUUCUUUUCUUAUUUCACCAUAAUAAUAAAUACU